GGCGCUCACGCACGGUAGUUAAAGAUUUGGGCGGCACUAUACAAGUGCACUUGUGUGCUCAUCCUCGUUCUUUCGAAAAUCGUACUCCCACUCGCUUAAGGAAGUAUUCGUCUUCCAUUGCUCGCUGCGUCGUCCUCAGUUUGAGUUGAACCGCCUUUGUACGCCUCCAGGUUUCUGCUCCGUAUAGUUGACGCGCAUGCCAAUCUCGGAAAAUGGCCGGCGGAGCGAUGGGCGCCGGAGGCACGGAGGAGGGCUUGGAGCAUAGCGCAGAUGACGCUGACGGACACGUGAAACUCAAGGUGAUCUGCCUGGGUGACAGUGCUGUGGGGAAGUCAAAGCUCGUGGAGCGAUUCCUGCUGGAUGCUUACAAGCCUCACCAAGCUUCAACCUAUGCGCUCACACUGUUACGGCACAAGACGAAAGUAGAUGGUGAGCCUGUUAUAGUCGAUUUUUGGGACACCGCAGGCCAAGAAAGGUUCAAGACGCUUCACCCUUCCUAUUACCACCAUGCGGACGCUUGCAUUCUGGUAUUCGACGUCACGAGGAAGAUCACGUACAAGAACCUUUCCAACUGGUACAAGGAGCUCAGAGAGCACAGGCCUGCAAUACCUUGUCUGUGCGUAGCAAACAAAAUUGAUGCUGACAGUACUGUGGUUCAAAAGAGCUUCAACUUUGGAAAGAAGAACGGCAUGCCCUUCUACUUUGUGUCCGCAUCUGACGGCACGAACGUUGUCAAGAUGUUUCGAGAUGCCAUUGCGGCCGCGUACAGGUAUCGGAAGGAUCCCACGGAUUUUAUUGACCAAGUGCUGCAAGAACUAGAGGGCUUCAGCAGUGAAGGCGAGACUGAAGACACGUCUUCAACUUCUGGCGGAAGUGCAUCGGUCAAGCCAGUGUGAGGCCAUGUGGUGGUGACCUUAAAGGGAACACCGCGAAGUGUCCUGUGUUCUUGUGAAUGCAAUUUGCCCAAGACUGACUUAGACUGGGGUGCUGUGAAUUUUAUGCACUCGCAUAGCAAUUCGCACAGUAUAAAGUACCACCGUUUGGAAAGCAACCUUUUAUAGGGAGUACCUACAUAAGCCGUGUAAAUAAAACCCAUAAGU